AUGGUUCAAAACAAAAAGACUGUUCAACGUGGGGAUCAGGAAGGCACUUCACUCGUCACACCAGAAGCCAUCUCGCUUCACGUGGAAGAUCAGGCCGUCAAAGAGAAGCAAAGCUAUGCCAUGCUAGCCAGCAUUGCGUACCAACGGAAUCUCUUCCCCAAAUCGUGUUUCGAGAUGCGAUCACCCUCAUUGAUCCGCACAGAGGCCCGUCGCUCUUACAAGCAGGCCCACGCUCGCUCAAACACAACCAGCAGCGAUAAUGAAAUGACACUUUUAGCAACUGCACUGGCACAACGAGAUCAACCUCUCGUAGUCUUAGCUCCAGGCCAGACAGAUGGCGUUGACACACUGCUAGCUUGGCUGGAUGAGAUAUCCAAGGGUCUACUCGAACGCUCUUUGGAUGGCGUUCAGUUCAGCAUAUAUGCGGACAAAUCGAGACCUUCCGAAAUCCUGGAGCUGUACACAUUCUCUUUUCAAUACCGUGAUGGGAAGGACGGUGAACGACGGCUUAUGGGGUUGACGGCUCCGGGUGGUGGCAGCGGCAUGAUUACGAUUCGAAGCGUUAGAUCUGGCAUGGUCAAUGUGAUCGACCAAUUCAAAAAUUAUCAGCAGCAGCUCCCCGCACUUCCCAGUUUCAUGGCUCGCACCGAUGCCGCGCAAGAGCCCAACCAUCGGCCAGUGCUUUCCCAGAAUAUGGAGUACACAAGGACUGUGUCAAGGACCCUCAAGCCCGAUCUCGAAAGGCGCUUUACAGAUCAGGCCGCUCCGCCAGUGGGCACCUGGAUGGAAAAGCGUCCUAGAGGCAUCAGACAAGCAGAUGAGCAGGGAGAUUCAAUUAGGCUGGAAUUCUCGCAAGGUGGUACUGGAGAUUCAGAUAGAUCGACGAGGGCAAUAAGACAGACCAUUAGCCCAGGACCUCCUAGCAAGGACUCGGGAGAAAGCGGUAAGAUACACGAUACGUUGAGGGGUGAUAGUCUUCUGCCGACCCAAGUUAUGGAAGCACGUGACUCGCCAACACGACUUACAUGGAAUUGGAAGCUGCGGGCAGGAAAAGAACUGGAGAUACGAGCACUAUGGAUCCUGUACGAAAAAACCCCCUCGUCACCCGCAGAAUUCGCUCAAAAGCUGCGUUUUGAUGGAAAGACGACACAGGGGUUGAUCAAGCGAUUGGAUGAAGGCGGUUACCUGGCUUCUGGAAGGACGCGAUUAUCUCCAGUGACCGCCCCCGAGCAGUUAAUGUUCAGAAGACAACUCUACUGUGAUCCUCUCACGAGCAUCAGUGGUUUCUAUGAGCCUCGAGCCAAUACCGUACCUGCGAAUACAGAGACCGACGAUGAGGACCCUCGGUGCAAACGUAUAAAGACCGGACGUCACGAGAAGUAG